AUGCCAAACCACAAAAAAUUCGACUCUGACGGCGAGGAGGUCGAUCAGCCGGUUUCCAACUCGAAAAGGUCUUCUGAUGGCGAUCGGGACCGCCAAAGAGAACGGGAUCGUGAGAAAAGAAGGCACGAUGGCGAUCGUGACCACCGACGACGUGGAGAGGAUCGGGAUCGCUCGGAAAGACGGGAUGACCGGAAGGAUCGCAAAAAUGACCGCGACCGCGAUGACAAGCGUGCGGGCCGUGAUUGGCAAGAGCGGGGUGGAGAUCGCAGAAAUGAGGAGCGGCGGGACAGAAGGGACGAUAAUGAGCGUCGGCGCGAGAAACCGAACCGAGACGAGCUGCGGGACGAGCGCAAGGAUCGAGACGAAGCCCCUGGGGCUGGCGGUGAGCCGACAUGGGCGAAUUCUCGUGUGAAAGAACAUGCCGAGAAGCUGAAGGAGAGGAAGAUGAUUUGGCAAGCGAAGAGAGACAAGCCGGAGGAAGCCGAGCCAGGCACCUCCACUCCCGUUGAUGAACAAGCCAAAAAGAAUAUGGGCAUGUGGUCGUCCGCAAUCGCAGCAUCUGGAGUCGCCGACGCACAAGCUGAGAAAUUCAAACGGUUACUCGGCUUCAAGGGCGAUGCCGCAAAGCAAAAGCCCGCGGAAGCACCAAAGUCUGAGGAGCUGAAGCAAAAGAACCUGUUGUCCUCCCUAGACAAGCAGUUCAACAUGGCACGCGAGGCGUCGAAUACCGCGCGCGGGAUGGGGCUGGGUUACCAU